CUCCUGAGAGCAGAAGGCGCGCGGAGGAACCAGAGCGCGGUUCCUCUCGCAGGAGUGCCGGGGGGCGCUCGCCCUCGGCGGAGACCCCUGCCGGUCAGGCUCCCGCCCGGGGGCUCCGGCCGGUGUGCCUCUCAGGGGGCCCCACGAUGUCCGCCCUGCUCUCGGACUGCAGCCUGCUCACUCUCCCUGCGGCGCCCGGGCCCCGCAGCCCGACGACGGUCUCUCUCCAGCGCUGCCCUCGCGCCUUCCUCAGCAGCCCUGGGCCCUGACCUGUCCGGGGCCCAGAGUCGGCCGCGGGUCUGUGCGUCCCGCCCGGGCGACAACGCCCGUCGGUGCUGACGCCGGACAGACCAUGAAGCUGAAGGAGCUUGAGCGACAAGCUGUCCAAGUGUGGAGCCCAGCCAGCCAGUACCCUGUGUAUCUGGCCACAGGAACAUCUGCCCAGCAGCUAGAUGCCUCCUUUAGUACAGAUGGCACAUUGGAAAUCUUUGAGGUUGAUUUCAGGGACCCCUCUCUGGACUUGAAACGCAAGGGAGUCCUUUCUGCCUCCAGCAGGUUUCACAAGCUGAUCUGGGGGAGCUUUGGCAGUGGGCUUCUGGAAGCCUCCGGGGUCAUUGCAGGCGGCGGGGACAAUGGCAUGCUUACUCUGUACAGUGUGACCCACAUCUUGUCUUCGGGAAAGGAGCCUGUGAUUGCCCGGAGACAGAAGCACUCUGGGGCUGUCAGAGCCCUUGACUUUAAUCCUUUCCAGGGAAACCUCCUGGCCUCAGGGGCCAAUGAUUCUGAAAUCUUCAUUUGGGAUUUGAAUAACCUGAGUGUGCCAAUGACCCCAGGAUCCAAGUCACAGUAUCGUGAGCCGCUGGAAGAUAUCAAGGCUCUCUCUUGGAACCGUCAAGUUCAACACAUUCUGUCUUCUGCUCACCCCAGCGGCAAGGCAGUCGUGUGGGAUCUCAGGAAGAAUGAACCUAUCAUCAAAGUCAGUGAUCACAGCAAUCGGAUGCACUGCUCAGGCCUGGCCUGGCACCCAGAUGUCGCCACCCAGUUGGUGCUCUGUUCAGAAGAUGAUCAUCUUCCAGUAAUUCAGCUGUGGGACUUGCGCUUUGCCUCCUCACCCCUAAAGGUGCUGGAGAGUCACAGCAGGGGGAUCCUGUCAGUGUCAUGGAGUCAGGCUGAUGCUGAGCUGCUGCUCAGUAGUGCCAAGGACAACCAGAUCUUGUGCUGGAACCUGGGGAGCAGCGAGGUGGUGUAUAAACUACCCACGCUGAGCAGCUGGUGCUUUGAUGUGCAGUGGUGCCCUCGGGACCCUUUGGUGUUCUCCGCUGCCUCCUUUGAUGGCUGGAUCAAUUUAUACUCUGUGAUGGGUAGGAGCUGGGAAGUCCAGCAGAUGAGACAGGCUGACAAGAUCUCAUCUUCCUUCAGCAAAGGCCAGCCUCUCCCACCAUUGCAAGUGCCAAAGCAAGUGGCCCAAGCAUCACUGAUACCUCCCCUGAAAAAACCCCCCAAAUGGAUGCGGAGGCCAGCAGGUGUUUCAUUUGCUUUUGGGGGCAAGCUGGUGACCUUUGGCCUCCCCAGCACCCCGGUCCAUCAGGUGCCACAGCCUUGCCUCCGCCUAGUCUUUAUCAGUCAGGUCACCACAGAACCUGAACUCCUGACACAGUCAGCUGAGCUGCAGGAAGCCCUGGGAUCAGGAAAUCUCCUGAAUUACUGUCAGAACAAGAUCCGCCAAUCAUCACUGCAAAGUGAAAAGAUGCUCUGGCAGUUCCUGAAGGUGACUUUAGAGAAGGACUCCAGGAUGAAAUUCCUGAAGCUAUUAGGAUAUAGUAAAGAUGAACUUCAGAAGAAGGUGGCCACAUGGUUGAGGAGUGAUUUGAGGCUGGGUGAGAACCCUCAGUCCAAGGGAGAUGACCUCAACAGUAACAGACAACAGGCGUUCUCCAUACAGACCUCCAAACAUACCACCUGGGAAGCCUCGGCCUCCUCAGCCUUCUUUGAUGAGCUGAUCCCUCAAAACAUGACUCCGUGGGAGAUCCCCAUCACAGAAGACACGGAGGGACUCCUGAGCCGGGCUCUCCUGCUUGGAGAACUGGGCCCUGCCAUGGAGCUGUGUCUGAAAGAAGAGCGCUUUGCUGAUGCCAUCAUCCUGGCCCAGGCUGGAGGCUCAGAUCUGCUGAAGCAAGCACAGGAGCGCUACUUGGCCGAGAAGAAAACCGGAAUCGCCCCGCUGCUAGCCUGCAUUAUACAGAAGAAUUGGAAAGACAUGGUGCAUACCUGUAGCCUGAAGAACUGGAGAGAGGCUCUGGCCUUGCUGCUGACAUACUCAGAGCCAGAGAAAUUCCCCGAGCUCUGUGACAGGCUGGGAACUCGUAUGGAGCAGGAGAGUGGCUGGGCACUCACCUCUGAAGCCAGACUCUGUUACGUAUGCUCAGGGAGUGUGGAGCGGCUGGUGGAGUGCUGGGCAAAAUGCCAGCCGGCUUCAUCCCCUAUGGCUUUACAGGACCUGAUGGAGAAAGUGAUGGUUCUUAACAGGAGCUUGGAGCUACUGCGGGGUCCUGAUGGGAUGAGCCCAGGCCCUGCCACAACCUACAGAAUCACUCAGUAUGCCAACCUCCUGGCAGCCCAGGGCAGCCUGGCCACUGCCAUGAGCUACCUACCCAGUGACUGUGCUCAGCUACCAGUUCAGCAGCUGAGAGAUCGACUUUUUCACGCCCAGGGUUCUGGUGUCUCGAGCCAACAGUCUCCCCCUUUCCCUUUUCCCCGGGUUGUCGUGGGAGCUACCCCCUACUCUCAAGAGACAUCCUCUUCCAGACUGAAAUUCCAGUCUUCUCACCAGGUUCCAAUUCUACCUCCAAGGCCAAGGAUUUUUACACCUCAGUCAUCACUAGUGAUGCCCUUGACACCUUCCCAUCCUAGCCCUUAUCAGGGCUUCAGAAUGCAGAAUACAAGUGACUACAGGCCAUCUGGGGUCCAGGAAGCACAGCCUUUGCCUCUGGGCCCUGGGGUAAGGCCUGCUUUAUCUCAGCCUCAGCUGUUAGGAGGGCAAAGGGCGCAAGCUCCUAACCCCGUGGGAUUCCCUGGAACAUGGCCUCUCCUGGCUCCACCCAUGGCACCCUCAGACAUUAUGCAGCCUGGCUCUGUCCCCCUGUCUAGGGCUCCUCCAGUGCCCCCUCUGUUUCCUGUGAGAGCACCAGGCUUCAUCCCUAUGAGCUCCCAGCCACCAGCCCCUCCUGUCAGCUUCCCUGCGGCCCACCUUCCAGGAGGGCCAGGUGCUCCAUGCGCUGGUGUCUUCCCAACCACUGGCAUCUUGAUUCCUCACCCAGGACCUCAGGAUUCCUUGAAAAAUGCUCCAGUGCCCAAGGGAAACCUCCAGAGGAAAAAGUUGCCAGAGACAUUUACACCCCCAGCACCAAUUACUGCUCCAGUUAUGUGCCUUGCCCCUGAGCCUCGAGGGGUCCUUUCCUCACAACCCGCUGUCCCCAGUCAAUGUCAGCAGCCACUGGAGAAGAUCAACAGGAAGGAGCUGCCCCCUGAACACCAGUCCUUGAAGAUCAGCUUUGAGGCACUUCUGCAGCGCUGCUCCCUAUCUGCCACUGAUUUAAAGACAAAACGGAAGCUAGAUGAAGCUGCGCAACGUCUAGAAUGUCUGUAUGACAAGCUCUGCGAGGGGACAGUAAGUACACUCAGUGGUGCUCGUCUGCCUCCUGCUUUUCCACCUUCACCCAUGGCCAAAGGGCACGCACUAUCCCUUCCCAUAAGCCUCACUGACCCUGGGUUCCCUACAGAAUAUAGACAUGUUGCCUGGACUGGGCUCCAGAACUCCAGAAGGAAGUCCUCGCUUCUCCCUUCCAUGCCUCCAGCGUAGGGGUGGAGUUGGGCUUACUAACUCUGGGCCAAUCCCUCCACAGCUCUCGCCUCCUGUGCUGGCUGGACUCCAUGAGAUUGCCCGAUGUGUGGACGCAGGAAGCUCUGAGCAGGGCCUUGUGGUGCAUGCCCAGGUGGUGGGCUGCAGCAGCUUCAGUGAGGUCUCCAGCUUCAUGCCUGUCCUGAAGUCUGUCCUCACCAUUGCUCAUAAGCUGCACGUCUAAACCAGGCAGCUCCUCCUGCCAGACCACUUUUACUGUUACUUAAUUCCUUCCUGCAGGAAGGGACUUUUGGGACAGAUUCUGUUUGUUUUUCCCAGCCUUCCUCCCUUGCUGCCAGGUAUAUGAUGCUGUAGACUUGGCUCCAAACCAGCAGAGUGCCUGCUCUCUACCCCUUUAUGCCUGCUCUCUACCCCUUUAUGCCUGGCCCUCUGGGAUCUGCCCAGGGCUCAGUCAGCCUGUUCUCCCUCACUUCCCCUAAAACUAUACUCCAACAGGGGCUGGCACAGUGCGCCUUCUCCCCCAGGGGCAUUCUGUCCAAGUGGUUUCUGAGAGGGUGAGCAGGAUCAUCUUUUCAAGUCUACCUCUGCCGUGCCCAUCGUGUGGGUCUUUUGUCUUUCCCCUUCUGUGGGUUAUGAGCCUGACUUUACCUUCUCCUUGCCUCUGACUUCAUGUUUCCAUACUUCUCUGAGCCCCAGAGACUGGAGUAGAGUUGACUGUUGCUCAGCCUUUCAACAAAUCCUAGACAUGAGUGAUGGGUGCUGAGCAGAACCAAGAGAAGGAACUCAGGCCCUUUGAAGAAGGGACUUCUCCUCUGCCAGCAUUGUUAAGGGUGAACUAGGUGAGGUGGAGGGUGGAAGGGGUGCACUGCCUUUUGCUGAGAGUUGUCUUAAGCUAUGGGAUAGAAGCAGAGGGACCACUGCCCAUGGGGAGCAGCCCCUGACUCAGCCUGCCUGAGUCCUGGCCCAGGCAAGAUAUAGACCCAUUCAUUCUGUGAUUAGAAGCCUGGUUCUGGAAUAGGAGCCAUAUUAAUGAAAGACUCUUCUGGCACUCUUCUUCAAGACUUGGAGGCCCUUCUUCCCUACCCUCUCCGGCUGCACUUUCAUGGUUGGACUCUGCACUGAAGCCCUGAUGUACUUUAUGUGCAAUAAAGCUGCUUUAGUUUGGUUUCCUCA